CUUCCUCUUACCGUAUUAAUUCGAUGGAGUAUGGUAAUGCUGGCUAGCUUGGAGCAACGCUAACGAGAUUCUUUCAAACUAGCCUUCCGUCUACGUACUUGGACAAAUAUAUGAACUUAUUGAUUUUUAAUAAGCCAGUAAACUUGUCUGAGUUUGUUCUAAAUCUUAAAAUCCAUAACACUUAAUAUACGGCCAGGAUAUUUCUGAAACCCACUUAGGGUGGAUGGCUAGUUAGCUUGGUUGGUCGCUAGCGCUAAAACGGCUACAUUGGGUUCAACCGGCUGGUGCUUCAUGGAAUCACCCAAGUCUGGAAAAGUCAGUAAAACUGCAGGACAAGAAAAUUCAGAUCAUGAGGGAUCGAACAGGAAGGGCAGCAAUAGUGUGCCGCCCACCACACAGCUGCUGAAGGGGAAACAAUCUGGAUCUCAGGCCCCUGUCAAAAAGGAGAAGAGGCAAAGCUCCUCUCGCUUUAGCCUCAGCAAUAACCGGGAGCUCCAGAAACUGCCUGCCUUCAAAGAUGUGCCCCCUGCGGAGCAGGAGAAUCUGUUUGUGCAGAAGCUGCGCCAGUGCUGUGUGCUGUUUGACUUUGUAUCCGACCCACUCAGUGACCUGAAAUGGAAGGAGGUGAAGCGGGCGGCGCUCAGUGAGAUGGUGGAAUACAUCACGCACAACAGGAAUGUCAUCACUGAACCCAUCUACCCGGAGGUGGUGCACAUGUUUGCAAUCAACAUGUUCAGGACGUUACCGCCCUCAUCCAACCCGACAGGGGCAGAAUUUGACCCAGAAGAGGAUGAGCCUACAUUAGAGGCUGCCUGGCCACACCUGCAGCUCGUCUACGAAUUCUUCCUUCGGUUUUUAGAGUCUCCAGAUUUCCAACCAAACAUAGCCAAAAAGUACAUCGACCAGAGAUUUGUCAUGCAGCUCUUAGAACUCUUUGACAGUGAAGACCCUCGAGAAAGAGACUUCCUGAAAACCACUCUGCAUCGCAUCUAUGGCAAGUUUCUCGGCCUCAGGGCCUACAUCAGGAAGCAGAUUAAUAACAUAUUCUAUAGGUUCAUUUAUGAAACAGAGCAUCAUAAUGGAAUAGCAGAGUUACUUGAAAUAUUAGGAAGCAUAAUCAACGGGUUUGCCUUACCACUGAAAGAAGAGCACAAGAUAUUCUUAUUGAAAGUUUUGUUGCCUUUGCAUAAAGUCAAGUCUCUCAGUGUUUAUCACCCGCAGCUGGCAUACUGCGUGGUACAGUUCUUAGAGAAGGACAGCACUCUCACCGAGCCGGUGGUUAUGGCUCUUCUGAAGUACUGGCCAAAGACCCACAGCCCAAAGGAGGUGAUGUUCCUCAAUGAGCUUGAGGAGAUCCUGGAUGUAAUUGAGCCCUCCGAGUUUGUCAAAGUCAUGGAGCCUCUCUUCAGGCAGUUGGCAAAAUGCGUCUCCAGUCCACACUUUCAGGUUGCAGAGCGGGCCCUGUAUUACUGGAACAACGAGUACAUCAUGAGUCUAAUCAGUGACAAUGCAGCCAGAAUCCUUCCCAUCAUGUUUCCGUCUCUUUACCGCAACUCCAAAACCCACUGGAACAAAACAAUCCAUGGUUUGAUCUACAAUGCUUUGAAGCUCUUUAUGGAGAUGAACCAGAAACUCUUCGAUGACUGCACACAGCAGUUCAGAGCAGAGAAAAACAAAGAGAAGCUAAAGUGGAAAGAGCGUGAGGAAGCCUGGAUAAAAAUAGAAAACCUGGCCAAGUCAAACCCCCAGUUCCUCUUGUAUAUUGACUCAACCAGCUUGAGUAGCCCAAUGGAGAUUGAAACAGACAGUGUAGGAAUGGAUGAUGUCGCAGCCCUCAAAAAGACAGUAGAAGAAGAAGCUACACAGCUUCAGAGGGAGCAGCGGAGAGAGCGGCCACUAAUGCGUCGCAAAUCGGAGCUUCCUCAUGACAUGUCCACAGUAAAGGCCCUGGAAACCCACCGGCGUGCGGAGGACAUGAUAACCAGCCGUGAUGGCCACUAAAGGGGCGGAGCAGCUCAGAGGCAGAGGCCGAGAACAGCGCGCCCAGUGCACAGCAGCAGAGGCAGCAGCAGCAGCACAGGAUGGCCUGGUGUGACCUGGAAACCUGGACACACACUUAGCUCUGCUCCUAUAAAGAGCCACAGUGACCCUCCCUCGGCCAGUGCCCCUACGCUGGAGUUUUUAUUUUAGACCUUCUCAGGUGUACUAUUUUUUUUUUUGUUUGUUUGUUUUUUUCGUGUGGUCUUUUUUUCCACAAAUCUCUCCCUUUCUUGUCACACACAUCUGCACUGACUUCCCCCUCCUUAUCACUUACCAUGAAUUGUCGUUAAAAGUGUAGGUGCUAGGGCGAAGACCACGAAUGGGUCGUUUUCAGCACAGGAGCACUUGCAGUUUGACUGCUGACCGUUGUGUUUAAAUUGAGCAAAAGCCUCUCGACCCCCCCAACCCCCCCACCCGUGAAGAUGGGAGAGUGCAGAUUUUGGGUGAAAAUGUGUAUCCAUCUCUAACCUUUUAUUUUUCUCCAUGUUAGGACAUAGCUGCUAUUGCCUCCAGCUUUGUUCCUCAAACUGGUAGUUCACGUCAGUUUGUGUGUGUGUGCUGUAUGUACGUACGUAUGUAUGUUUCAUGUGUUAUCUGGUCCAGCAAUGGGGACUGUCAGCCAAGUGUCACUGUUUGGCAAAAGGAGCAGAUUUAUGGUAUAUAUUUUACUUUUAAAUUAAGCUUGCCAGACUUUUGGAAGCUCCUAACCUUGAUGAAUAUCUAAAGGAAAAUAUUCCUCUGUAGAAAUUAGGUCUUGUGCCAAUUUAUUUUGUUGUAAUAUAUUUUUAGAGGCUAUUCAGUGCACCUGGCUAUAAGUUCACCCAGACUGUGUGGAUGUUCAAACAAUGGUAAACAAUUUGACGCUUUUGCUUCCGUAUUUCCUUGACCGUGAUGGCCGUUUCAAAGAGUUCCUUAUGGUGGAAGAACUGCCUGGAACUGCCCUCAUGGUGAGAACGCACCAUACGACGAUGUAUUUUUUGGCAUUAUCCAGUUCGUUAGGUUGAGACUUUAAGGGGUCUGAGAAUGUCCUUUUAGAGUUUGUUCUAGCGGACUUGGGACAAGCUGCACACUUUUUUUGUUUAGUUCACAUCCACUGACUGGUAGUUUAAGGAAAUGUAGAAGCACCAGUUUGUUAAAACAAAGCCUUUAUUUACAUUGAGUGCCUUUUCGCUGGUAGACAACCUUGGUGAAAUGCUGUAAGAUAAGAAUUAAGAUCUAAAGGCCACAAAGUUUUCUAAUUUAGAACCAAUUUUGUUUCUAAAUGCCUCCAAAUUAGAUGAUGGAGGAGAUGAUGGUGAUAUCCAGCGACUUUUGAUAAAAGAUGCACUGUGGGUGAAAUUAGACCACAUAACCAGUGGCUGGAGGAGUCACCACAUGACUGAAUGGUGGAGUAACGUAAUGAACAAUAGAGAUUAGGCCACAUGGUCCAUAUUGUGUCCAACAGAGAAUGGCGUCUUGUUUUUAUUCGUCUUAAACCGUUUCUUUUGUUAGUUCGGUUUGUUAGGUUAACCCUUUGGUGACUGACCCCUUGAAAAUGGUUCCUCCAGGAACGAUGACGUUUCAGUUGUCAAGACAACGGAAAAACUAAAAUACAAGAGCAUUUUGUUUUGUGCACAAGAGCAUUGUGACACAUCUUUCUGUUUUUGUAUUUUAGUUUUUCCGUUGUCUUGACAACUGAAAAGUCAUCGUUCCUGGAGGAACCAUUUUCAAGGGGUCAGUCACCAAAGAAGACCUGGGCCAUUGUUUGAGCUUCCAUUAGGUGCUGAGGAGAGGCUCAUAACAUUCUGGGGGUCUUGUAUGUCUUUGGGAAUUGUUCAAAAAUGAUUGAAAGUAUUUUUGUUCGUUCUUUUUGCUUGCAUUAGCUUGUUCGAUUUGAAUGUGCAAGUUUGUAAAUAGGACUACAGUGAUCAGUCUUUUUAAUUGUCAAAGAAUAGCAAUCACCAAUACUUUGUUCCAUACUUCUGGUAUGUUCAGCUCUUUCUAAAGGCCAAUGCAUUUUUCUUUUUUUUUUUCUCUUCUCUCCCCCCCCACCAUCCAUGUACUAGUGCUCUAAAAGAGGUAGGUAGUGCAUUAGAGCACUACUACAGUGUGUGUCAUCCUUUCCUCUGCAAACAGGAGCUUGUUUUCAGCAUUAAAUGGCUUUAAAUGAACAUCUCUGGAGGCUUUUUCUCUUGAAGAACCGACCAUUGCAAAGUGUCCUUUAGUAUGCACCCCUGCUCCAUGGCUUCAUUUAAUAUUGUACAUAUUAUGUACUAUUAUUUUAUCUUCUAUUAUAAAAUGGUAGAUCUCUUACUUUGUACAAAUUCUCAUGUACAGAUGAAAACGUUAUUAGCAACUACAUACAGUUUAUAAAGUGGCACAAGCAUCUGUACGUGUUGCUAUUUGCAUUAGAAAUGUUUAGAGUUGAAAUGCUAUUUUUAUCAAUUUGUAAUUCAGAACUUUUUAUUUCGGAAUUCUUUCAUCUGUGAUGCGAUCUGUCAUACGUUAGCCUUCGUGUGUGCUCUUAACCAUUCUCAACUGGUGUACAUCUAUAGUAAAUAAAGAAAAUUGGUGAGUUUUA